CAGGUCACAGGGCUAGCCUUAUCCAGCCACAGCACCCCUCAACGCCACUGGUUGUGAAUAACCCCUCGUCAAUAUCGACUGCCAAGGACGGACAACAUGAGGCUGCAUCCCCAAACUGACUUGGCAAAGUAUCAGCCCCGGUUGACUGCAUUGUCCUCAUUAGGCACCAGCGUUUCUCCUCGGUCAGUUCGAUGCCCAUUGGUAAUGUGUGGCCCACGUCCUGUGGCUGUCCCAUAAGGCUGUCACGGAAUCGUGCAUCCUUGGCGCACAUGCACAGUGCAACAUCAGGACAUAUUGCUCCGAAUCCUGUGGCUGGGGACUGAGGGAGGUGUCGCCAUGCGCCACGAUAACUGGAUAUCAAGGUGAUGUGCUUUGUACUCCUUCGUGCCGGAUAUCCAGCCAAGAUGACAGCCUCGGAUGUUUACAUUGCGUCUGAUCCACCCACUGACGUGGACGGGCGUAGUGGAUAGCCCCGUUCUGUCCUCUCCACAGCUGUCUACAGACUAACUCGCCAGGUUUCUUUGUCUUGGAAGACAUCCCCGUUUAUUCGCAUUACAGUCUCCCCGCUUUGCCAAUGUCGCUCCUCCCAAUGAAUGCCCCACCUGUCCCAGCUGCCAUGGCGCAAUAGAGAUGCACUGCGACGAAUUAGUCCGCGACAAGUGUCGGACAAGAACCGGGGGCUGCUGCACGAUUCCUUGUGCAAGCCCAGAUCGCGAUUCGGUGUAUAUUGGCCUCGCUAGGUGGGGUAUAUAAGGAGAGCUCCCCUCCCCAUCUACUUUGACUUCCAGCAAGUUUAUGAUCCAUAGUCUCUACACUCUACUUUGCAUUCUUCUCUCCCAAAUCGAAAAUAUGAGCUUCCACGAAUCUGCUUCCCACAUCGAGCUUGAGGAUGGUCACAUCCUCAAGGCUGUUCUUCGCAAUGAGGAUGGUGAUGAGCAGGAGUCCACCAUCGAUCUGAAUGAUCACAUCGGGAACGAUAAUGGACACUUCCACUGGGAUGGGGGUGACUUCCACUCCAGCGCUGAGGAUGUCAGAUUCGAUCGCGAAGGAGAAAAUGGCGUCCCUAUUCUGCGCGCCGUUUUGCGCGACGUCGAGGGCGAUGGACACGAUGCGGAUAUCAACCUGGCGGAGCGCAUUGGGAAUGAUAAUGGACACUUGGUCUUCAACUAGUGGGCCUAGAUGACUCUGAGCCCUGGGGACUAUCCUCGUCAUUGUUGCUAUUGUCUGGUACAAUUUGAUAAACUUGGCACAUCACCCGUCCACAAGCAAGUUCCUGCUGUUGUUUCUGGUAUAAUGAUUUAUGGUACAUUAUUUUGUUUUUGUGGUAUCAAUUCCAUUACUACACUCGGGCUCUAUCAUUCCAAUCCUGUAAUGUCUUUCCAAGUGUCCUUUGGGGUAUCCCUUUUUCAGACCAUUUCUACUUAGACUUAUAUGAGAUUUCUCCAACCA